UUGCUAUAAAUACGCUGGCCGCCUGGAGGUUCGGGUUUGGUUGCUGGGGCUUGGGACCAGCGACCACCACUGCUGCUGCUGCUGCUGCCUUCCUCAGGGGAGUCUCCUGCGCAUACUCAUCAUCCUCAUCCUGGUCAUCAGUGUUUUGGGCAUCCAAGAUGCCUCGAGUGGACGCAGACCUCAAGCUGGACUUUAAGGAUGUCCUCUUCAGACCCAAGAGGAGCAGCCUUAAGAGCCGCUCAGAGGUGGACCUUCAGAGGACCUUCACAUUCCGCAACUCCAAACAGACCUACACUGGUAUCCCCAUCAUCGCUGCCAACAUGGACACCACAGGAACGUUUGAGAUGGCACAGGUCCUCAGCAAACACACGCUCUUCACAGCCAUUCAUAAACACUACUCUGUAGAAGACUGGAAAAACUUUGCUGCUAAUCAUCCAGAAUGCUUAGAGCAUUUAGCUGCUAGCUCAGGCAGUGGCAAAGCAGAUCUGGAGAAGCUGUGUGCCAUCCUGGAAGCCGUCCCUGCCCUCAAGUACAUCUGUCUGGAUGUGGCCAACGGCUACUCCGAGUACUUUGUGGAGUUUGUUAAGACGGUCAGAGGGAAGUUCCCCAAACACACCAUCAUGGCUGGUAACGUGGUAACAGGGGAGAUGGUGGAAGAGCUCAUCCUCUCCGGAGCUGACAUCAUCAAAGUGGGCAUCGGUCCAGGUUCUGUGUGCACGACAAGGAUCAAGACAGGAGUGGGCUACCCACAACUCAGUGCUGUUAUCGAAUGCGCAGACUCAGCCCAUGGACUCAAAGGACACAUUAUCUCUGAUGGUGGCUGCAGUUGCCCAGGAGAUGUAGCUAAGGCCUUUGGUGCCGGGGCUGACUUUGUGAUGAUGGGAGGAAUGCUCGCAGGUCACGACCAGUGCACCGGAGAGGUCAUCGAGAAGAACGGCAAGAAAUACAAGCUCUUCUACGGCAUGAGCUCCGACACAGCCAUGAAGAAAUAUGUGGGUGGAGUUGCUGAGUACAGGGCGUCUGAGGGGAGGACAGUGGAGGUUCCCUACAGGGGGGAUGUGGAGAACACCAUCCGUGACGUGCUGGGGGGACUACGCUCCACCUGCACCUAUGUGGGCGCUGCCAAGCUCAAAGAGCUGGGCCGGCGAACCACCUUUAUUCGCGUCACACAACAGUCAAGCCAAAUGUUCGCUUAGUGGGGUGGACAUGCUUGCGCACGCGCACAAGCACGCACACACACACACACACACACACACACACACACACACACACACACACACACACACACACGCACACACACACACACACACACACACACACAAUCACCCAACCUGUUUCUCUCAGGAUAUCUGCUGUCAGAAAGCUGUUAGUUUCCUGCAGAUUGUGAUUGAAAACGACUCAGAAGUUUGACUUGAAACAUUCUCGCCGAGGCAUCACAGCGCUCCAGUCGACUUAAUCCUACAGCGAGUGCGUUUACAUGCUUCCAGACAUGAUAAUAGGCUACUGAUUUCAUUUUUGAAUGGGCAAUGUGCAAAUGCCAUGCUCCAGUUAUAAGCAGUCUGGAUAAAUCCUUCCCAGUUCUGGGAAAUGGGAAUAAGAGAGCCGGAAUACUGAAGCAUGUGUACUUCAGAUCUAAUCUUUCUAAACACUCUUUUAACUUGUGUAUUUCUACAUAAACAGUACAUCAAAAUUGUGAGCUACGUGAAACACAUUGCAUGUAAACACACUCAGCAGGGGGAGUCUGAUACUCCUGCUCAGAACAUUUGGUUGGACUGAAGGCGAAAAAAAUCAAUAUGCAAAAUCCAGAGACGUCGCCCUUUAACUGUCACUGGACAAAUCAUGUCGCAAUAAACUGCAUGCAGAACCGUCUGCUAAUCUCCUCACUGGUGUUGAUCAUUCUGUGAAGCUUCUCCAUAGUGUGCAAAUCAUAUAUCAUAACGACAUACAGCUUAAUGGCGUAUCUUACUUUUCACGAUGUGUGUUUUUGUGUCUGUGUGCGUGUGUUUUAGGUUUGUUUGGACAGUUCCACUGAGCCAGGUGAACAUGAAGAAGACAAGAUCUAUGUAUUCCAAAUGGCUUACUCUGCUGUGUGUGUGUGUGUGUGUGUGUGUGUGUGUGUGUGUGUGUAAAACAGCCACAUCUGAGUCUCCUUCAUUGAUUCCACUGCACCUGACAUUUAAAAUCAAGGACGACUCAAGAUGUGUGCCCUCAACCUCAGAGGGGUUCUCUCUACUUACCCUCUACUCUAAGUAAGCAACUUCAGGGAAAGGUCAUGUAAAGCAACGACACAACUGAACACCAUAAAACGAAAACUCCAACCACGAAAUACAAACCGGACUUUAUACAACACGCUUUCAUUGUUAUUGCAACAAAGACAGAAGAUGGAGGUAAUAAAACCAAAAAAAAUCAGCAGAUGAUCAGUGUGUCUCCUCUCUCUGGACUAUAAACUCCACAUCUCUCUGCAGGGCAAACAAUUAGAAAUGCUCCAAACACAAACCAAUCUGAAUUAUUCCUGCUGGUAUAUACAGCCUGGUGUUUACAUAUCCGCUGGGAUCAUUUUCAAAUUACAUUCUGCCUAUGGCUACAACAUCAGCCUUAAAAAUCUGAUUUCAAAUCCAUAUCUCUAUGAUUUCAUUACUGGAGUGGAAAAUGACUGGUUUUCUUGGAGCUUUUCAGAAGUAUAAAACACAGAUGUGCCGUUUUCUUGCACUCAAGUGACCAAUAUAUCCUCAACCAGGCCAGGAGUUUUAUUUUGUCACCACGAAAUUGUGAAUACGUAAUUGCAUAUGUGAGAGCAACACAGAAUUUCCAUGAAAUUUGAGCUUUUUCAGCCAUUGUUGCCCUCAAAGUCGAGAGUAGAGUGGCAGUGUGUCAUGCAGCCUGUGAUACACUAGAGGGGGCUAUUGCGCUCAGCUAAGAGAAAUGGAGGAUAUCGUUAAUGAGAGGUGAGACAGGGUUGUAUCCAUAUCGAAAUGUGGUGCUGUGAAAGGGCAUGUCGGGUGCGUUUGCCUGUGUUGGUAUUCAAAGAAAGACACAGUUGCCCAUUUAUUCCAGAUAUGUCAAGGUUUCAUUUUCUUUUUCAAAGAGGUGCAUUUGUACAGUUGUCAAAUACAUACACCAACAGGGUUUCUCCAUUGCUAUAGAGGAAAGGGGUGGUGAGACACAGGGACUUGGUGAGUACAAUAUAGUACAAACAAGUUGGCUGGGAACUGCUGCAGCUCACCGCAGGCCAGACUGUCCAUGCAGGUCUGUGCUGAUGUCCAGUUCUCUGCCACCAUCCCAUCGGCCAGUAAGUUUCAGUUCGGUACUUGGUGUUAAGGGUUAGCAGAGAAACAUCGAGACAGCCUGGUUGCUAGCCUCAGGGCUGAAUGUUCAAAACAGGGGGAGGAAUCAACUGAGCCACAGCUGACAGAUAAGCUCCACCCCCUCCUUGGCAGUGGGCAGGGUCAGAGGUCACGAAGCGUACAGCCUGUUCCCUGCUGAAGUGUUUGUUGCCUUGCACAGAGAGGCAGACUAAAGACGUUCAGUACACUGAAGAGAAAUCCAAGCCAUCUCCAGCAUAAUACACAUAAUAUCAUAAUAAUAAUAAUUCAUAGUUAAUUGUCAAUAAUGACAUUAGUUAAUCAUAUCAAAUUAUAUGUAAUAAAUUUACAUAUCUUAUAACCCAUAUCAAACAGCCCACUAUGUAAAUUGAUUGGGGUGAAACUAAACUGUUAAGUGGGCCUCUACAAGUUUUUUUUUUUUUUUUCUUUCUGCCUGAGUUGGUUAUCCAGCGCUAUGGACAUUGACGAGACAUCAUACAAAAAAGAAAAAAAAAAAAAGAAUGAAAAAAAAAA